GUGUUUUGAAGGAGAUAUGAUACUCAGAAGUCUCAACUUGCUGCCGAUUUUAUUACUUUGCUCCUCAGCGCUACCUCAAGAUGGCGAGGUCACAUCGGAUGACGACACAACAUUUGACCUGUUUGAUAUUAGCGGUAUCACACGCAAGACUCUGGGCGCCAAGCAAUUCCGCGGCCAAGACACAGACAACCCUGCUUACCGCUUCAUCCGCUUCGACCAUUUGCCCUCAGUGAGCGCGCCCGUGCUCAAACAGAUGCUUCAGCAAAUCCAGAACAAUGAGGGCUUCGUGUUUGUGGCCAGCAUGCGCCAGGACCGCGGAUCGCGGGGAACCCUCAUCGCAUUGGAUGGCGCCAACGGCCAGCGGCAGUUUGAAAUAGUCUCCAACGGCCGCGCCAACACACUGGACCUUGUCUACUGGGUGGACGGCUCCCAAAAUGUUGUCUCCUUCGAGGAUGUUGACCUGUCCGACUCGCAGUGGAAGAAUAUCACACUUCAUGUUCAUGGCGAAAACGCAAAUCUGUUUGUGGGCUGCAGUCUCAUCGACAGCUUCAUCUUGGAUGAGCCGUUCUACGAGCACCUGCAGGCGGAGGGGAACCGAAUGUUCGUCGCUAAGGGAUCCAUCCGUGAAAACCACUUCAGGGGGUUACUGCAGAACGUUCGCUUCUUGUUCGACACAUCCGUGGAUGACGUUCUUAGGAACAAGGGCUGUGAAGUCACUAAGCCAGGUAAGAGACAGUUGGAUUUUGGCUAA